UGUAAAUAGUGUGGUUGUUAGUACUGGUUAAUUGCUUUUUGAUUUGUACGAUUUACGGAGUUUUAUGUGUUUACGUUGAGCGGAGCGUGAAAAGCAAAUAUGUUGUGUGAGUAAGUAAAUAAAUACUGGAGGUUGUUUAAUGAACAGGGAGUUUCGGUGACGGUGUUUUAAAGCUUCCGGUACUUCCUGGAGGUGUUUCCCCGAAGAGCUGCGUGACGUUUGCUGCAUAUGGAUUGCUCAUUGGGUGUUAUUACAGAUUCACGAGGCGCCGCUGAAAAUCUGCUUUCCACGGCCUGUGUCUGUCUGUCUCCGUGUGUGUUCGCCGACUAUAUUUGAAAAAUAAAAUAAAUAGACUAAGUUUAGAGACUGCAGUGCUCGUACAGUUGGGAUUUUUUUAAGGUACUCCAGGGGGAUGAUGACUGCGGCGGGCGUCGUCACGCUGGCCAUCAUGGUCGUGGGGGUGGUGGGCAACCUCCUCACGGUGAUCGUGCUGAUGCGGAACUCCAAGAUUCGGACAGUGGCGGCGGCGUUCAUCGGCAGCCUGUGCAUCUCCGACCUCAUGUUCUGCUUCAUCGUGCUCCCCUUCGCCGCCAGCCAGUUCUUCCACGGCACCUGGAUCCACGGCGACGUGCUCUGCAUAAUCAUCCCCGUCUUGCGCUACGGCUGCGUCGGCGUCUCGCUCCUCAGCAUCGCCAUGAUCUCCAUCAACCGCUACAUCCUCAUCGCCUGGCCCCACGUCUACUCAUCGAUCUACACCCGCACCAAGGUGUCCAUCUACAUCGCCGCCAUCUGGCUCUUCAGCUACGGCCUCCAGAUCCCCACGUUGCUCGGCCAGUGGGGCGAGUACGGCUUCGACGAGAAACUCGGCACCUGCUCCAUCAACGCCGACCGCAACGGCCACUCCUCCAAGACCGCGCUCUUCGUCAUCGGCUUCGCGCUGCCCUGCGUCGUCAUCGUCGUGUGCUACGCCAACAUCUUCUGGGUGGUGCGGCGCUCGCACAAGCGCCUCAAGCAGCACAACUCCGGCGCCGACUACAAGCGCAGCGAGAUGAAGAUCACGAAGAUGGUGCUGGUGAUUUUCGUGUGCUUCGUGGUGUGCUAUCUGCCGAUCACGAUCGUGAAGAUCUUCGACAAGGAGGUGAAGAACGCGCCGCUACAUGUGUUGGGGUACAUUUUGAUUUAUAUUUCGGCGUGUGUGAACCCGGUGGUGUACGUUACGAUGAAUAAACAGUAUCGGCAGGCCUAUUUGGACACGUUGAGGUGCAGGAUGAGCACUGGUGGGGACUCGCAGCAUACUCCGAGCCCCCAUAGCCGCACCCACAUGUCGGUGGGGUACCUCAAGACGGGGGUCAACAAUUCGCCUAAAGUUUGACCAGUAUUUUAUUUAUUGUUGAGAAAUAUGUAAAUAUGAGAGUACAAAUGUUAGUGUCUUACGGCUUUGCCUUACAUUAAGGAUUUUUAUACUGUACAUAGUGGAUUUUGUAUUAAAUAAACGAGGAAAUUGG